AUGAGUUUUUGGCCUUAUGUUAAUUCAUUCUCUUGUUUCUAUUCUUCUAAUGGCGACGUCGAAUCCCUAGAUUUUGAUUUGUCUAACGAAGAAAGCAAGCGAAGAUUAACUAACAGGUUGUUGUAUAGAAGCAAACAAAGGGGUUUUCUGGAGCUGGACUUAGUUCUACGAAGUUGGGAGGAGAAUCACAUUGGAUCUUUAGAUGUAAAGGGGAUCAAAUCGCUUAUUACUGUCCUCGACGUGGAAAAUCCAUAUUUGUGGAAAUGGCUCACUGGACAGGAGCAACCUCCUGAAGUAGUAGAGACGAAUCCUAUAUUCAAUGAGGUGCGUAGCAAGGUAAUGAACAACCUGGAGAGCUAUGCAUCUAAACAGACAAGGGCUACACCUGGGCAACCAUGGGUGAGAGGAUGGGAUGAUUUCAAGAAAGGCCGUGAUAGUCCUGAUGUUGGGAAUCAGUAG